CUACUGUUUCCCAUGACGGUAGACCACCAGAUCAUCAUCCUGGUGCAAUACAAUGCCGUCCACGCAAUCAUAACUAACAUGUCCAUAAUUUCCACACUGGGCUUGCUGCCUUCAGGUUGCCCACAGUCACUAGGCUCCUGGUCCAACGACAGUGACCCACCGGCAACACCGCUGUACGCGCCUGUGCGGACGACGCUACCAGUGGCGGCAGCUUCCUGGCUGAACAUCUUCGCAGCGAUCCCUGUCGCACAGCUACGAGACAACAUCAUCGGACUUGCGCACUGCAUAGACGUUUACGAUCUAGCGCACGAUCUCGGCAAGGGUGUGUAUGAUGGUUACGACGAUCCCGAACGACGAGGACUGGUGGUCUGGGGCGAUCGCCUGUGGAGCACGCAUGGCUGGGAGGUCAGUGACGGGUUCAUGCGGAAAUGGGGUUUCUUGCUCAAGGGAUGUACUGAGCUUGUAUUGUCGACGAAUCGGUGGAGAGAGUUUCGUGGAGAG